GAUAAGGUUCUAAAGGAAAACAUGUCCAGCAUUUCCUCCUUUCGUAUUUGUUGAGAGAGCAAACGAGAGAUGGCAGAAGUUGGUCAUUUGGUAUCAGCAAGACUUAUUACGCUUCCUACUAUAAAGCCAGCAAACCCCAAACCCUCUAAAUUGGUGCCUCAUUCAUUCAAAAUCAGAGCUGCUUCAAAAAGAAACUCUCUCUCUCUGAGCAACAAAAAGAACAGCAGAAGCCUGAUCAAAAUAUCAACAGCAGAUGGGAGAUGGCAUGGGAAUUGGUGCUGUGAUUACCUUCUCUCCCUCCAUGACCUGCGUUUGGAAGAUUUGAUUGAAGAUGAAAAUGAAAAGGAUGCACAAGUUUCAGUUAAUCUCUGCGUCCAGAAGCAUGCUAGCUUUGGCUUCUCUGUUGAUGGAAAGAUCAUGACAUCAUUCACCAGAAAAUGUAGCAACUGCUCUUCUCCAUACUGCAGAAAGAUCAACACACAAUUUAAUGUAUGGGUUCUGUCAUCAAGCAGAGACGAGCACACAAUUCAACUGCCUGAGAUCGGUGGUGACGAUCCAUCAGUAAUCUAUGUGAAGCCUGGAAAUGAAGCUGAACUCGAUUCACUGAUACAGGACACGAUACGGCUUGCCACCUCCAUAAAAGAUACUUGUUCAGAGCUGUGUGAGAAAUCUUACCCAACUGUAGAGUAUAUUGGUGGACAAAGCACUGCUUCUAUUGAUAAGAGGUGGUCUAGACUCUUGGAGCUAAGGGAUUUGCAAUAAUAUGCAUAAAAUUGGAGGAAUUGUUCUAUCUACAUCUAUGGUGUUGGAUGGAACCAGAAGAAGAGAAGCCGAGUUCAAAAUGAAGAAUACAAUGUGAAGGAUAUUUUAUACAACAUACUUCCUCAUUUGAAGGCUGCCAAUGGACUAUUUGAGUCUUGAUUUGUCAAGAUUAACUUUGUUUGGGUCAACGUUAGAGCUUAUGAGCAUCUAUUGUUGUUAAUGGUCAUUUUUUCUUGGAAGGUGUAUAAUGAGCAAUGGGGAGUAGGGUUGACAAUUUUA